AUGAACGCCAUAACAUAUAUAUCCCCAUUCAUCAAGCAUAUCUCGGUAACACAGGGCGAGGUUCCGCCACUCUAUACGGCGGAGGAGGUGGAUAAGCUAAGGGCACCGCCAUCGGCCGCUGUGGUACGGAUGGCGGUGGCCUCACUUUCGGACGCCUACAACAGCAACAAACGACACAUCCAAGGAGAAUGGCGCCUCCAAUCCCUGCCGCCAGACCAAUUACCAGAUUCCGGUGCUGAUCCACCCACGAGGAUACGCUAUCACCACCACCCCCGUCCUGCUCGUUUCCGCUACGACACCGUCCGCUGCGACACGAGCCUCCAUCACACGGCGUGCCGUCAAGAACCUGUUGACCGGUGCUCAUACAGCUCCCAGAAUCAGAGCUACCGUCGCUGCAGCUCACUGUUCCCGACAUUGCAUAUCGCGGCUGGUGCAUUCGCCGCUGGCGCAGAACAAAUCGGUGCUGUUUCCGCCGCUGCCACAGCUCUCGCCGUUCGGAACAUGUCGGUCCCAGAGCUCCGGCGGCAGACGGUGUCGGACGACGCGUAUUGGCAGUCAUUGCAGCACGGCCCGGACGCGUCGUCGCAGACUGCCCUGUCUCGGAAUCGACAGGUGGUGCCGUCACAGCAGGAGUUUCCAUCGCAGUUAUCUCCACAGUCGCAAUCUUCGCCCGCCUCUACGAUCCCGUUGCCGCAUUCUCCUGGAGUGAUGGUGGGUACGUCGUCGUUGCUGAUCAGGCAGUUUGUUCGCACGUCGCCGGAUCCGAUGGCGGAGCAGACGUUUCCCAAGGUGCAGGGUGAGAAGUCAGAGUGGGAUGAGCUGGAAUAG